UAUAUUUCAUAUAGAACUCUUUUAAAGUGACAGAUGCGAAAUAUUUAUCUUAUUAAUUUAAUAAUAUAUAUAUCAUUUGUCAACAAAAAGUUAUUAAAUUUAUUUAUGCUUCUCUUAUAAUUAAUAUUUCUAUAAAAUAGCAUAUAUGUACAUGUCUCAAAUUUUAUUAUAUAGAAUGAAAUUUAUGAUAAAAAAUACUUAAAUUAUUACAUCAUAAUAGUAUUAAAGGGUGUUUUACAUGAAGGAGGCCAUAUAAAUAUCUGCUCCAUUUUUAAUGACAUGAAAAAUGUUUAUGAUAUAAUUCGAAUGAUUUCAAAAGAGAAAUACCAUGGAAGAUAAAUUAUUUUGUCGAAUUAUUUCUUUUUUUUUAUUUUCCUAAAGUCACCAGUAUUUUCUCUUAUUACUUUUGAUGGAUGAAAAACAUUUUUUUGAGUUUGAAUCAUUUUAAUUGAACUUUAUUCAUUUGACUAUCUCUGAAUUAUAAUCUUCACAUAAUGACGUUGUACCCUAGAAAUGUAAUGAAAUUAUAAGAUAACGCUAAAAUGAUAUCUGAACUUGUUUAUAUUAUAAAUGCUCGAAGUGAUAGUUAUAUUCACCAAUAGCAAUGUGUACUGAAAAUAUCAACAAAAUGAUGAAUAUAUUGAGUUAUGUUUAUUAUAGUAGAUACUGGUACAUACAAACAAGGUUUUUUAGCUGACUGUGAUUAGUGCGAAUAGAUCAUUAAUAGAUCAUGAAUGGAUUCAACAAACUUCUAUUUAUGGUGAAACUAUUCAGUGUGUAAAAGAGGUUAUACACUUGUACACAGAACAAUUACCAUAAAAGGUUCAAAGAAACCGGUAGUGUUUAGAAUAAAAAACCACAAACGCAGGAGACAAAUGCGAAAGAUAUUAUUGUUACAAUUAACCAAAAUCCGCAUAUAAGAACCUGAAGGUUAUUAAAUUAAAGUUUGUUUCAAAAUUAAUAAAAAUUUAUACGCCAUGGCUUCAGCUUCAAGUACAAGUGCUCGAAGCUUAUUUGUUGAGUCAAAAAUGAGAUUGGCUGAUAGAGUACAAGUUAAUGUAAACAAUAUUGCAUCCCUUGCAAGACAAAUACAAAGAGGUUCAAAAAGCAGUGAGAUAUUAAUGCACAGUGCAAAAAAUUUUGCACAACAAGAGCAUAGUCUAGAAACUGCAGAGGCUAAUCUAAAGAAAAUUGCUCUUCUAACCACUCAUUUAGAUUACCAACUGGAAUCUGUCAAUAGAAGUUUUAUAACUUUGGAAGAAGUUACCGAACAAGUACGUUCUAUGCAAAGAUAAAUUAUAAUAAAUACUUACCCUAUAUCUUUAUUUAUAAUAUAUAAUUUUUCAUAUA